UACGAAAAUAUUAACCAAAAAAAUCCUAAUCUUUAGAUGGCAGGUCCUGCAAAAUUAAAAACUUCAAAGGACAAACAGCAAAGUUAUCCAAAUAGUUCCGUUUAAGUGAAAAGGAACGAUAGCUCACUAAGACAUCCAUGCAAAUGGACGAUGAUCAGUAUCUGCCCGAUUGCAUUAUGCAUUUAACUUCUAGCUAGUACCUUUUAUUUAUUGAAAUUCCCGGAAAAUCAUAUUGCUGAGGAACAAAAGAAAAGUUGCUUCAACUUAUUCCUCUAUAGCUGUAAAGCCUAGGUGUUACCGUCCUACAUUUAGAACAAAUCUGAUACAUUUCACAAAAGAAUAACUAGUAAAUGCUAGGGUGUAGAAUCAAACAAUACAGUGUUCGAACCAUGGGUCGAACAUCACCUAUAAAGAAACUUAUAGAUGUAAGAGCAACAAAUUAGGAAAGGUUCAUUCUCAAACUUCAGAAUAGUUUAUGAUAGGUAUAAAGAACUUGUCCGGACCACUUUAACAUGGAAUUUUUUUAUUGUCUAGUGUACACAGAGACCGAAAAGGUACCACCAAUAGCCACGUACCAAAAUCGUGCACUUGCUUGAGCUAAAAUACCAACAUAAUGGAUCUAAAGCAACUGAAUCCAGGAUAAGAUUCACACUCGGAAGGAAUGCCACAAGUAGAAAGAAUGCAGUCACCUGACAAAACUGCUGAAGCAUUUGCACUUAUUAUCGCCAACUGGUGCAGCAAUAAAUGAGAUUGAUCAAUUGCCUAACCAUCCUAACUUCACAAUACUAGUUUUCCUACGACCAUAAACCUGGUCAGCCAGUUACAUCAAGCUGUCACUGGUCAGAACAAUCAUGUCAUGGAUCAAAUGCCAUCAUGACUUGGAAGGUAUUGCAGUUCUAGAUUUUCAGUACAGACCAAAAGGUCGAAGACAGGAUCCAAUUCUGACCAGACUCAAAUCCAAGAACAAAUCAGAUACAUUUCGCAAAAGAAUAGCUAGUAAAUGCACGAUUGAAGACAACCAAUCCAGAGUGUGAACCGUGGGACCAACAUCACCUAUAGAGAAACUAAAUAGAUGUAAGAGCAACAAAUUAGGAAAGGUCGAUUCUCAACUUCAGAACAGUUUAUGAUAGUUAAGGAGGUGUGAAGAACUUGUUUCAAGACCACUAUAAACAUGGUAUGAACUUGCGUUUCAUUGUCUAUCAGGAAGAAGACUGAAAAGGUACCACCAACAGCCACAUACUAAAAUCCUGCACUUGCUUCAGCUAAAACACGAGCAUAAUGGAUCUAAAGCAACCGAAUUCUGGAUGAGAUUCAAACAACAACUUAACGAAAACAGAGAUGAAGACUAAUGCCACAAGUCCAGGGAAUGAUGUUAACUGGUAAAGCCAUUAAAAGCGUUUGCACAUAUUAUCACCACCUGAUGCAGUAAUGAAUGAGAUUGAUCAAUCACCUAACCACCCUAAUUUCAAAUGCCUAGUUUUCCGAAUACCAUAAACUGUCACAGCCAGUUAAAUCAAUCAGAUCGAGCUUCCAUAGCCUCACAGGUCAGAACGAUCAGGUCAGCUAUCAAAUGCCACCAUGACUUCAAAAGCUAGCGCAGUUCCGAGCAUUUUCGUUACAGACCAAACACCAUUGAAGAGAAGAUCAAAUUCUGACCAAAAUCAAACUCCUAGAGCUCAUAGAGGUCGAUCAAAGGCGAUCAGCAACUCAGUAGCUAAGCGAAUUGAACAUAGUACCAAAAUAAGGAGGAAUUGGAAUUGUACCAAUUUUCGAGGAGGAGGGCUCCAAUCCAUCCCCAAGGGCAAAGGCGAAGUCCCAUCGUGCCUGUGCUUCGGAGGACUCCGUCUCUGCAUCAUUACUUCUCCUCUUCACACGGCCUCCUCUCAGUUGCACCAGGCAAACUUCAAGAAAUCGAGAAUGAUCGUUGAGAUCACUCUCUUCUCAACUCGCUCGAAUUGAAUCGGGGCAGCAAAUUCCCCUUUCUCCAACUAUCUAUUCUCCAAUCGUCAGGAAUAGAAACAACGAAAUCGAGAGCAGCUAAGCUAGGGUUUUGAUGGGAUCAGGAUUGGAGAAGAAACCAGUAACGAUGAACGGAUGAAAGAGAAGCGGAGGUAGCGUCGGAUGGACGGAAUUCUCAUCCCAUCAUCCCCGUCAUGAUUUGAUCCUUUUAGAAUUUCCUCCGUGGAGGAGCAACACGACGACGAAGACCAGGUGGCGGAAGAAAUGAAACGCCGUAGCCAGGCGGCAGCGCGGCGGAGCGUAACGUGUCAACUGCUGGUUUUGGUCUUUCCGUUUCCUCCUCGGGUCUUCUCUCUCUCAGUAUUCUUCUUCUCUCCUCCUAGUCCAACUGGAGCUACGAGACGACGAGAACAAGAGACGGGUUCGACCGUUCGGGUUAAAGGGCAGGGCAGCAGGCCAACAAAGAAUAUUGCAAAAU